CAGAACCCUGGACGCUGGAUGCCCUUUAAACAGACUCUGCGCCUCGAAGCUCUCGCAGUUUAAAUAUGACUCAGACACAAACCUGCUCGCGGACGGUGAUCUUCCUCCCCGCCAUCUUCUUUAUAUUCCUCAUCUCGUUUAUUUUGAGGAGACACGACAUUGUUCCAAAUAUGCUCCGGUGUCCACCACUUAAGGCCGAUGAAAAAACAGCUUACCAAAAAAAUGUGACAACUCAAAGUUUGAAGGUAGAGAUGGAGAAGGAGCUUGUUGUCCUACUGUGGACUUGGCCCUAUGGAAUGCGAUUCCCGCUGGACACUUGCCACUCAGUUUUCGAUAUUCCAGGGUGUAAGCUGACGGUAGACAGGAAAGCUUACAAUGUAGCUGAUGCUGUGGUCAUGCAUCAUGUAGAUAUCAUGUAUGACAAAAAGUCAUUGCCACAGCAACCAAGACCUCAUCACCAACAUUGGGUCUGGUUCAACUUGGAACCUCCAUUGAUUAUAAGAAACUUGCAUUUUCUAGAUAAUCUCUUCAACAUGACCCUGACAUUCCGGCAAGACUCUGACAUCGCAAGCCCUUACGGUCGGCUUCAAGCCUCGAAAGAACCUCAAAAUAUUACCAUUCCUACAAAGUCUAAGCUGGUUGCUUGGGUGGUUAGCAAAUGGUACCCAGGUGCGCCUCGCGUACUUUAUUAUCAAGAGCUACAGAAACAUCUUGCAAUUGACAUCUACGGGAAAGGAUACAUGACGUUGAGCAAAGCUGAUCUGCACAGCACUAUCUCUCAGUACAAAUUUUAUUUGUCCUUUGAGAAUUCCAUCUAUAAGGACUACAUCACUGAGAAGUUAUGGUCCAACGCGUUGGGUUCCUGGGCUGUGCCAGUCGUGUUAGGAACAUCUCGGAAGAACUAUGAGCGUUUUGUUCCUCCAGAGGCCUUCAUUCACGUAGACGAUUUCUCCAGCCCCAAGGAACUGGCUGCCUACCUUCUCGAGUUGGACAAGGAUGACGAGAAAUACAGGAGAUACUUUGAGUGGAGAACCCAAUACCGCGUGUGGACAAGGGAAGGGUGGCCUAGUAGCUACUGCAAAGUCUGUAGAGCGUUGAGGCAGGCUCCUGUCUACCAGACCAUCCCGAGUAUAGCCAACUGGUUCCUAGAAGAUGGGAAGUUCUAACAUGAAAGAUUUCUAAAAUGUCACGAUCUUUCAGGGCCAUUGUUCUGAAAGUCAUGUCAACCAUAGAUUAUAUUACUCAAAAUACAAAAAAGUGAAGCGCGAUAUUCUAAUUAAAUAUAAGUAUUACACCUUCUGGUGAAGUGGUGCUGCAAAAACACAGGAACAAACUCCCCAAAAUGUUUCAAAUUAAAUACAAUCAAAAAAACCACACAAGUGUCUGCGCACCCAAAUAAUAAGUGAGUAAAUUAUAUGUGCAACACAAAAAUAAUAUGUACAAAGAUACCCUUCCAGCGAGAGUUCCCACACACAGUGUCC